AUGCUGGCGGCUGGAUCUACUGUCCGGAAGGGAAUCUUUCCCUCCUUUGCCACGGUGCGCUUCAAGGGGGACGACCUCCACCAGAGCAAGCGACACUGGGACUGUGGGCUGAUCCCCAGUGGCGUCAUCGAUGACUUUGGGUUGGAGAAAGAUUUGUCGACGCUAUGGCUGAACAUCAUGACGAUGAACGUCCCUGACAAGUGCAUCGAUGCAGCGGGGCAUGCUGCCAUGCCAGGCAAGUGUCCCUGCAAUGCGAACCCACAGCAUGUGCAGCACGGCUACUCCACAACCAUUCGAGAUCCGAGGCACGAUGCGGAGGACCCAACACGCGAGAAAAGGUACAAUGAAGGACUGGAUUGA